AUGGAGCUCGGUCUCGGGCGGUUCGUCGCGGCCCUCGAGGCCGCCGACCUCCUCGGCAACUACGUCGACACCUGCGAGUCGCCGCUCACUCUCUUUGCGCCGUCCGACGAGGCCUUCGCGCGGCUCGGCGCUCUUCCUGAUGACCUGCAGGUGCUGCGCGAGCUCCUCUGCGUCCACAUCACCCUCGGCUCCCUCUCCCACGCCGAGCUCCUCAACACCCGCUCGAUCACGACCAUCUCGCAGCAGACGCACCACGUCGUCCUCGCCGACGACGGCCAAAAGGUCCUGCAAGUCGGGUCCGCCUCCCUCGAGAGGACGGACGUGCAGCUGCCGGACGGACGCGGCGUGCUCCACGUCAUCGACUCGGUCAUGUGCUGCAUCCGCCUGCUGCAGAACUGCCGGUACGAGCAGGUCUGGAACAAGACCGUGCGCCCAUCGCCAAAG